AUUAUUGUACCACAGGGCACCGGCCUCACUCUCCAGCUGCCAGCAUGAUGAAGGACUGCCUGCAGUUCCUUAUCGAGCCGGCCAAAAAGCUCAAGAUCCGCCUCAAGGAGUCUCGUAAGAGAGUCAGACUUGAGAAGAAGGAGCCACUGGUGGAAAGUCAGCUGUUUAUUAUGGAAUUAGCUCGAGAACUCAACAAAAUUUGCCAGAGGUCAAAUGUCCUAGGCCACAUCUGGACCAGUGAGGACAUCUGGCUACCCAGUGUGUGUCGUGAUUUUAUUGUGGAAUGGGCUGCUGUUUUGGAGAAGCGAGCACUGGUGAAGAUCAUCCCAUCUGACUACCAGUAUGAGAAGCCAGAGAAGAAAGACUGGAAGGGCCACCUCCUCUGCAUGCUGGAGGCGGGAGGAGAGUGCGACAUGGGACCCCACAAAAGGGUCAUCAUGGACUGGACGCGGGAGAUUAAAAGCAGACCUCAGCCCACCGUUUGGCCAGGGGAGCCAGUGCUCAUGAUGCUGGAUGACCUGGAGUUCCAGUGGAAGAGGGGCCGUCUCCCCAACCUGCUCCCCGCCAUGGAGCUGGUCAUGCUGGCCGUGCUGAAUGCUGACAGUCCCGUAAAGGAGGAUGUGACCAAGCAAUGGCUGGUGGAAAAGCAGAGGAGUCAGAGGAUUGACGCCGUCCGCUACAUCCCUCACAGUGUGUGGAACUGGAUUUGCGAUGCAGCAGAGGACGUCACUCUGGACUCGGACUCAGCCAACCCAGACCUGCUCAUCUCCAGUGAUGAAAAACGCAUGCGGUGCGGCCUGGAGCGCCGCGAAGUCCGGCGGUGCCAGCGACGCUUCGACGGCUGGUGGUGUGCCGUGGGUCAGGAGGGCUACUCCUCCGGGCGUCACUACUGGGAGGUGGAGGUGGGCGAGCGGGACUGGCGGCUGGGAGUGGCAAAGGCAUCCGCCGUGAGGCAGGGCUUCCGGUCUCUCAACACAGACACAGGCUACCUGACCCUGCGUCUGGAGAGGGGCACAGAUCUGAAAGCUCUGACAGUGCCUGCCACCCCGCUGUCACAAGGCUUGGUGCCCAGGAAAGUUGGGGUGUACCUGGACUAUGAGCAGGGGCAGCUGUCCUUCUACGACGUGGAGAAGCGCUCCCACCUGUACACCUUCAACGAGAAAUUCUCAGAGGAACUGUGCCCCGUGUUCGGGACUGUGGAGGUGGUCAAAGACCUGGCGAUCAGGCCUGCAGAUGUCAGACAGCCGUGCCUCUGUCCUGGGCCCUGCCUCUGGAACUGAACUGCUUAACAUACAUCAGUCACUCUCAACAGUCCUGAUCCUGUGCAGCCCACAGAGUCUGUGCUCUCAUUCUGGUCAGUUAUUUAGUGAAUCUCAAUCUCGUGUGCUGGUUCUAGACUAAAAGUCUUUCUGCGGGUUGCCUUGUGGGAUCAGGAACAGGAGCCACCAUCA